CACCACCAGAGUCGAUUGAGCUACUGCACGAAAAAUUGCCACCUUCUCAACCCGCCGUUUUGCCUCGGAGCCCCCAAUAUUCCUAUCUCGACCAGCUAGAAGGUCCAUCGAAAGAGACAUUACCCGCCCCAAUUCCUCCCUUUCUUUUGGUUACCGUUGUUUCCUUUAAGAUCGCUGGAAGGAGGAGCUUUUCCGUGAGCCGCAGCGAUGAUGGGUCGCGGUGCGCUUUUCGCGCUGGCGACGCUGUUCGCGAUCCUUGUAGCCGCCACGCCGCGUUUAUCUGUCGCGAUGCGACUCACGAUUCACUCGGGAGAUCGCGAGUGCAUAUGGCUGUCCACUGAAUCGACCCAUGGCAUGCUCACUGGCAGCGUCGUCGUCUUCGACCAUCAUGGCUCGUUCCGCGACUACCCCGCUCGGCUGGACGUCACCAUCAAGGAUCCGCGCGGGAUCGAGGUGUACACGGCGCGCGGGCGCAGCGAGGUGCAGUUCGACCUGCGCGUGGAGCGCGCGGGGCAGUUCGAGGUGUGCCUGAAGAACCACGGGCACGCGCCUGAGUUCGUGGACGUGGUGGCGGAGUUCGAGGACGCCGCCACGUGGAAGCCGCGCAGCGCCGCCGUCACAGGCACGCCGCCCGGGACGGCUGGCGCGCCGAACAAGGACGAGCUGGCCACGGAUGGCCACAUGGAGCAGCUGUUCGACCAGAUGUACGAGAUCAAGCACGGGCUGCACCGCAUGAUCGUGGACCAGCGCUUCUUCCGCUCGCAGCUGCACCGCCAGCGAGACACCAUCAUGAACACGCACACGCGGGUGCUGCAGUUCGCAGCAGUGGAGGCGGUGGUGCUGAUCCUGGCGUCGGCCCUGCAGGUGCUCUUCCUGCGCCGCAUGUUCGACAACAGCGCCAAGCGCGGGUCGGGGCUCACUGGCCUCGUCAACCGCAGAAAGAUGUAGUAGAGAUGCUGUGAGAUAUGGAGAGAUGCAGAGAGAUACGGAGAGAUGCGUAGAGAUUAAGAGAGCUUUGAAGCUUUAGGCCGUGCUGGUUGGAGGGGAGAGAGAGCAGGUUGCGAGGCUCUCAUCAGAUGAAUGUAGGGUAGGCCGUGCCGGGUGGACGAGAGAUACCACUUCAGGGAUGGAGGUGUGGUGAAGCUGUUUUUACAGGGAGGGGAACUGGGUUUGAGAGGAAGGGUGGGCUGUAACAGGAAGGCAAGGAGAGAGGAGGGGGGAGGAAAGCGUUCAGUUUAGUGAGGUGGGGUUGCAACUUGGUUUGUGGCACUUACUGUUGGGUGUGCCAGCAGCAGUAUAUUGAUAAUCCUACAAAGAUGUGUCAACAAAUAUUGGACCUUAGGAUUGAUGUCUCUGAGAGUGAAGUCUGUCAACUCAUACAUACGGUAUGCUGUAUGUAGAAGUUACAGGCUAGCCUAGGUGUGUGCUUCUAGUGAGUGCAACCCCAACAGGUAU